AGAAACUGUCAACAUGUACGCAGUUUGUCAACCAGUCCAGAAACACCACAACCUAAAAUUCCUCAGGGUCCAAUUAAAACCAAUUCUAAAAGUAAAAGUACUGGUAUCUUGCUUGGGUUGGCUGGAGCUCUGAGUGCUGUGAUAAUGGUUCUUUUUGUUGUUAAAAAGAAAUCAUCUGUUGAAAAGUUAUCUGAAGCUCCAAAUGAAAAUCCACCAAUUGAAAAUGAUUCACAAAAAAUAUCAGAGGCACCCACAAGUCCAGCAGAAGAAGAAUAUAAAACACCAUUAGACCCUCCCACAGAGUCAGUUGACCCCAACCAUGUCCCUUAUUUAAUAAUCGGUGCUGGGGCGGCAGCGUUCAGUGCUUAUAAAGCUAUCAGAGUCAAUAACCCCACUGCUAAGGUUGUCAUGGUAACAGAAGAAAAUCAUCUACCUUACGCUAGGCCACCAUUAUCUAAAGAUUUGUGGCUGACCAAGGCAAAAUCGUUUAUGGGCAUGAAAUUUUCAAAACGAAAAGAAGAAGUACCUAGUUUACCAAUAUAUUUUGAAUACAGUGCGUUAUAUACAGAUUUAAAAGAAGUAACGAAUAAUAAGCGAGGCGGUGUUGCUGUACUUAUGGGCAAAAAGGUUAUAAAACUAGAUGCUGAUAAGAAAAAAGUUAUAUUAAAAUCUGGUGAAGAGUUGACGUAUGAUAAAUGUCUUAUAGCUACAGGAGGUAAACCUAAAAAUUUACCACUGUUACAAAAAGCCUCACCAGAAGUUAAAAAACGAGUGAAUUUAUUCAGAACAGUAGAUGAUUUUAAUCACCUGGAGGAAGUUACCCAGAAUGCCAAGUCUGUUGCUGUUUUAGGCGGAGGGUUUCUAGGCACUGAAUUGGCUUGUGCUCUCAGCAAAAAAGGUCAAACAAAUGGAAUGAAAGUUUAUCAAAUUGUACCAGAGACAGGUUGGUGGACCAAAGUUUUACCACAGUUUGUAUCUAAAUGGAUGAGUCACCAAGUCGAAAGAGAGGGGGUGGAAGUUAUCUAUGAUGAUAAACUAUUUUCUGCUGGGUUUAAAGACGGCCAGCUGGAAUUAGAAUUACUGAAAGGACGAUUGUUGAAAGUGGACCAGUUGGUGGUAGCUGUAGGUAUUGAGCCUUGUGUGGAAUUGGCUAAAACCUCAGGUUUAGAAGUUGAUAACCAACAUGGUGGAUUUAGAGUCAACUCAGAAUUACAGUCAAGGUCUGAUGUCUGGGUGGCUGGUGACGCCUCAUGUUUUUAUGAUAUCAAGCUGGGUAGAAGGAGGGUGGAGCACCAUGACCAUGCUGAAGUUAGUGGAAGAGUUGCAGGAAGAAAUAUGACUGGGGAAUCCAAACCAUAUAGACAUCAGUCAGAAUUCUGGUCUGAUAUAGGAACUAAUGUUUUUAUCCGAGCAGUAGGUAUCACUGAUUCUACACUACCUACUUUUGGUGUGUUCACACGAUCACAGAACAAAGAAGGCAACACAAACAGUUCAGAAAAUUCAAAAACUGACAAAAAUUCGCAGCAAAUUUCAACUUUAGAAAAGAAAGACAACUCUGAUUUAGAAGAAGAUUUAGAUAAAGGAGUGAUAUUUUAUUUAAAAGAAAACGUUGUAGUAGGAGUACUGUUAAUAAAUAUAUUUAGAGAUCUUCUAAUCGCCAGAUUGGUAAUAAACGAUGGCGCGGAAAAUGAAGAUCUCUACGAAGUAGCAAAAUUAUUUUUUCCACAUCCAAAAGAUGAUCUCGAGGAGGAACCCACACCAGAAAAAGAAAAGCCACAAAUUUCGGAAUCCGAUAAAACACAGGAUAAAAAAUCGUGA